UUAAAUAAUAUUGGAUUUUCAGAAAAAUAUUCAAAACAAAAUUUAAAAUUGCUUAAAAAUAAGAGAUGCUACCAAAUUCAAGAAAUCCAAUGAAAUUUCUCCCGAUAAAGAACACUGUAACACCCACGAUUACUGGAAAGAACAUACUGUUUCCGUCAGUAGAACAUAUCGGAGGGAAGAAAAUGGCUAUUAACAGCCAAGAAUGAUUACAACCCCCUUAUAAGAGAUCAUCAGCAACCCCUCCAAGUAGAGAUAUUCCCUCAUGUCUUAAGAAAUGAGGAGGGAAAAGUGAUAAGAUAACUCCAAGCUCAUCAGGAGGACUUAUGCCUAAGAAGAAAGUAACACAACCAAAGAAAUACGUCGGAAUUUACUCGAAAAUGAAGGAACAAAGAAAUACUGAACAUUUUGGAGUAAUCCAGAAGCCAUUUGAAUAUAAUUUCUCCCUAAUGAAGAAGAAAAAUACUUCUUGAAACACAAGGAAGACUGGUUUCGUUGAUAAGAGAAACUCUGUGAUGAAAAAUACUUCCAAAGAGAAGUUAAAAUAAAAUCAAUGAAUUUGAUCCUUAUAACCUUACACUCAAGAACCAACCCGAUCUGAACAAAUCUGCUGAUAUCCUACUCAGCACCAGAAGUCUAAACCCUCAAAAUAACCCCAAAUCAAUAGAAAGAGUACGAAGGAAACAACUGGGUAUCUCAAACCAAAAGAAAUCCCAACAAAAACCACGAAAAUAAGUCUAAAAGAGGUCUUCAAAAACAAUGCCAAAAACUCACCCAAAUCCGGCACUUCAUCAGUAAAAAAUCCAGUCAAAAACUGCACAAAUUCACAGUCCAAAACAACAAGCAUGGUCACAAGAUUCUUCCCUUCUCUUCAGCCUAUUCAAAGCCAGCUUCUUCAGUGAAGCCUGGUCCUAAAAUUCCUAGUUUAAACAUCCCUGUUGAGAAAGUUCCUUCCCAGAUAUCCCAGGUUUCUUUGAACCUGACUUUUACGCAGAAGUCGUUCCUGGAUCAGACUGGUUCAAUAAAACAAAACCAAAAACAGAAGAAGAAAAGGAAGCAUGAUAUAGGAAAGAACAUUAGAGGAGCAAGAAAGAAUUCUACAGAGAAGCAAUGCAAUAAUAGCUUUAAUCAUCAUUUCCAAAGUAUUUAUGGCGAGGACACAAGUAAUCCAGAAGUUUUUGAUAUCCCUGAUGAUCUGGGCAUAUUUAAAUCAGAACUCCCUAAAAAUACCAAUCCUGAUACUCACCAAGCCAUAAAAGCUGAUGAUUUGUAUGAGUACAUAAUUGAUCAGGAGAUACUUGACUAUGUUGACAGUCUUAGAGAUAAAUUCAACCUCAGUGCUAUAAAGACAACUAAAGAAUUCAUAGAUCGGAUAAACCAAGAGUUACUUAAUCCAGAUCUGAAUCCAAAGCAAUUCUUUGCCUUGCAAGAACUCAAAAGGGAGUUCCUAUGUGAUCUUGAAGAGCCACCAAUAAUGAAUGGUGAUAUCGAUGCUGAUCAAGCUUUCUCUAUUGAAGAUGAUGAAGCUCAGGUUCUCCAGAAGUCAGCUGUUAGACCUGUACACAAAUGACAGCCAGAAUUCAUCGAUUACAAUUUUAUAUCAACGGCUCAAUCUCAUCUACAAAAAGGUAUGAUUAGCGACCAAGAUUUUAAGACAAGUAUUCCUCAAACUCCUUGUUUUGUCUCAACUCCUUCCAACAGUCAACGGGCUUCUGAUGCUAUUGCUCCUUGAGACUUAAUAUCAGCUCUUAAAAGAACACCUCUAAACACUCUCAAGGCUUCUUCUCUCAAAUGAGAAAUAGCGAACAAAGAUUUACAAAGAAGAAAGAACUUUUCAUUUGGAAAAGAAUACUAGACACAAAUGAAUUUUACUAGGCUUAAUUGAGGACAUAACAAAGCCUCUACACGUAUUAAGGAGGUUUUACAGUCUGAAUUUGUCCUAGAGAGUACAUUGAUGCAUACCAGGAUACCAACAUCUAAAUUUCCAUAUCAACAU